AUGUCUAAUAACCAGUAUACUAUCAGAGAAGUUGUAGAUCAUCAGUUUCAUUCUGUGGGAAGUGCUGAUGACGAAAAUGAUACUGCUUCAGAUGAAGAACAAGUUCCAGUUAUGUAUCAAUAUGAAAUGGUGGGGCCACUGGAACGAACAGUCAAACGUCGUGGUCACCUACCCAAAGACGCCGUAAAAAUAUUGAAAACAUGGUUGUACGAACACAGAUUUAAUGCCUAUCCCACCGAAAUUGAAAAGCACAUACUAUCACAAGAGACCAACCUGACUGUGUUGCAGAUUAGCAACUGGUUCAUCAAUGCCAGAAGGAGAUAUCUGCCCGAGAUGAUGAGACGAGAAGGUUUGAGCUACGAUUCGGUGCACUACACCAUCACUAGACGUCGCAGGGCGUCUUCGUCGCCCAGAAAUUCGACGGACGGUAGUACGCCCACGAUCGGAGGCGUCUAUUACAGAAAGGGCAAGAAGAUGAUGCGCGUGGAGAGAGUGGACAGCGAUACCGAAUACGAAGUGGACGCCAACGGUUUUGUAGAGGCUCAACCGCAACCGGUGGCCGUCAGUACUCCGACAGGCAGUAGGAAGUUCAAUCCUUGGAACGCCGAUGUACACUAUGGGUUGACUGUCAAUGCGGCUGAGAGGAACAGACCAGAAACUGUACAGGUCGUUCAACCGCAACAAGUCAUCCAAGCCAGCACCCAGAACGUCAGCAGUUCCAAUCCCUUCCCCUCGAACUUGGUGGUCGUCAAAACCGCAUCCGGUAAAAACAUCGUCUUGAAAGUCAUAUCUCAAAGCACAGAGAUCCCGAAGCAGUACUUGCUGAAGACCAAGAAACAAACGCCUGUGGUCGCUCCUCUAGUUGAGGUGGUGAACGAAGUGCCUGCUGAAGACCAAAUUUCCAUAGAAGAGCACGACAUUCACGGCGAGGAGGUAACGGAAGAGGAAGAGACCGUCGUCGAGGAGGAAAUCGUUCCGGAAUAUGAAGAAGGCGUCGAAGGAUUGGUCGAGACGGAAAUGGUGUCUAUCGAUGAGGACGGCGAUGAAAUUUAUGCUCCCGAGGAGGAGGUCGAAGAGGUGUUUGUCAAUGAGGUGACCCUGGAAGAAGAAUGCAAUGAGGUGACGAUCGAAGAGAACGUCAACGAAGUGAUGAUCGAAGAGGACAGCCACGAACUCGUGGAAGAAGAAGUGGAGGAAGAUGAUCAUCACAUCAUCGUCAAAACGGAACGAUGCUAA